GACAGCCGCGGCGCACCGUGUCGAGCGGAUAUCAGUCGACCGAAUCCACGUCCGCGAGGUGACGGCAGUCGCGCGCGAGUUGACGCCGUGCACGGACAGCACUGCCGACGCAUGAUUCUCUCGGACGAGAAGAGUCGCGGCGCGGUGGCACGCACGUCGGACGCGGAAAGAUGUGCCGAUAAGACAGCCACGACGACUCGACGGUGUGCCGCGGUUCUUCCUCAGGUGGGCAUUCGCGCCGUCAAGUCCGUAGGUUAAGUUGGCGCUCUCGCCCUCGUGGAAGCCGCCGCCGGACAGCUCGCGUUAUCUCUCGUUGUCGUGGGCAUUGCGUGGCGACGAUGUCGACACGAGUUGCGAUUAGAGGAGAAGCGCGGCCGACGUGCCACAAGGUCACCCACUUGGCAGGCCAACUCCCGUUCCCGGUUUCUAACGGUACGUUUUCUAACGCGCGCGCUCGCUCGUCUGUUACGCAGGUUAGAUGCGAGCCGACGACGGCGACGACGACGACGCCGACGACGCCGACGACGGCGCGACCAUGUCCCUAAGAAACGUGAUCGAGUGGACGUGCUCCGACGUGAAAGCGUGGCUCGUCGACAACGGCCACGAGGAGUACGCGGACCUGUUUUACUCGCACGAGAUCGACGGCAAGGUGCUCCUCACGCUCAAGGAGGACGACUUGAAAUCUAGUAUUUUAAACAUAAGGAAGAUCGGUGCUAUAAAGAAGCUGUAUCUAGCCAUAAAGCAGCUGCAGAGGGACAAUGUCGCCGGUCUGUUCGACCUGGGAUACGUCGACUUGUUCCCUUCGACAAAUUUUUAUACUCAUCAAAACAAGCACGAGAUGCCCAGUACUGGUACGAAUAACGAAACGUCUAUCGAGAACGAAUUCUAUUCGGCCUCGGUGUCGGAGGACGGACACGCCUCUCACUUACCACCCGAAAUCUGGAAGACGGUCCUCAGUUUGGGAUAUUUAUUUAUCGUCACGUGGAUUACUGCCUUUGUGAUGGUUAUCGUUCACGACAGAGUGCCUGAUAUGAAGAAGUAUCCUCCAUUGCCAGACAUAUUUUUAGACAACGUACCUCAUAUUCCUUGGGCGUUUGAUAUGUGCGAAGUUACCGGUACACUGCUUUUUGCGAUAUGGCUCCUUGUGCUUAUAUUUCACAAGUAUAGGUUUUUUGCACUGUCGGGUACAGUCUUCCUGCUGAGAUGCGUGACGAUGCUUAUCACUUCUUUGUCAGUGCCGGGUGCGCAUCUGCAAUGCCAACCACGGAAAGUCCCGGACGAGGAUUGGUCAAAUUCUGCGUACGUCGAGCUGUACAAUAAAAUAGCAAUGGCUUACGUUAUUUGGCGAGGUGCCGGCAUGUCUAUUCAAGGUGUCAGGACUUGCGGGGAUUACAUGUUUAGCGGGCACACGGUGGCGUUAACUAUGCUUAAUUUUUUCAUUACAGAGUAUACCCCGAGACACUUGUACUUUCUGCAUACUUUUACAUGGAUGCUUAACAUGUUUGGUAUCUUUUUCAUCCUGGCGGCGCACGAGCAUUAUUCCAUCGACGUUUUCGUCGCAUUUUAUAUAACCUCGCGAUUGUUUCUUUACUAUCACACGCUGGCGAAUAAUCAAGCACUGAUGCAGCGCGAUUCGAUCAGAACCAGAAUCUGGUUUCCAUUGUUUAGCUUCUUCGAGUCGUCCGUUGAUGGUAUUGUUCCUAAUGAGUUCGAAUCGCCGUCCUUGAUAGUUUGCAAUUUAGCAGGCACGGGAAAGAACAUUUGGCAGUGCGUACGGUCUCGGAUCUCUUUCCGAAAAGCGCAGCGCAACAUAAACGGCAGUUUAAGCAGCACAAAAAAGGAAUACUAACGUAAACCGGUACAUAUUUUAUCUUUUUCUUUAAUUACUAUAUUGUACUACUUUGUACUUUUAAAUGUGCGAUGUAGGGAGCGUGUUAUUGAUGUUUCAAUUCCAAUUACAUGUAACGCGUAAAGAUACAUAUGACAAUAGAUCUGAACGUUUACACAAAGAGGGAAAAAGGAGACGACAGAAUAACGUUUCUCGCUAGUGGAUCUUACAUCUAGAAAUGUAAGAUACACGAGUUUCCAAGAAAUAAAAGUCACCCUAUAUCGUACAUUUAUCUUUUCAGGGCGUUGACUGUUUAUUUGACAAAUCUGUUUAUACGUUGGAAUAAUGUUGAAGAAGAUGUAAUAUUAAUACUAAAUAUUUAUUUUUACGUGAUAGGAUUAUAGCGAUACCGAAAGAGAUUGAGAUAAUUUAUGAUACAAUUGAUCAAUACUAGUUGACUUUGCUAUCACAGAGAAAUAGUAUAAUUUAUUCGUUAAGAAAUCUUUCCAAAGACAAAGCUUAGCGUAUAAAGUACUUUACUAAUUUAGCAUGCAUUUUCCAAGCAUGUUGCAUCGUCUGAGACUCUCUUUUUUUUUUUUAAACUGUGUGUGUAUAUAUAUGUAUCUUACAAUUAAUAUGAUGAUCUUUAUAUAUGCAUAUUAAUACGCAUACGUAUAUAUACAUAUAUAUUUAUAUUAGCCACGUAACUUGCUCAUACGUACUUUUGUUUUCUUUUUGUGAUACAAGGAGAAAGCUGUGUCAAGAGCUAUAUUGCGACGGCCUGCAGGGGUGUUAGAAUUUAUCAGGAAUGUUUAAUGAUUUUCAGUGGCUACCGAGUUUAAUAAUAAUGGUAUUUUAGAAUUUCUAGAUUAGAUACAUCUUUGAAGACAUAUUUCCGUUUGCUAACGGUGGAACGCAACAUUUUAAGAGUAAAUGUAUGUUAUAUACAAUAUAUAUAUAUAUACUAUCAUGCAUUCCUGAUAUUUGAUAAAAUUAAUAAUUUAAGACUCCUGUUUACUCAUGUUGCAACUCCAUAUUGAAAUCAUGUAAUUUUUUUCUCGCGCUAUACGUACAAAUCGAAUAUUUCAUAUACCGCUACGUAUGUUUGACAUAUUGAUUGUCAUAAAAAGUACUGAUUCUCUUUUCGGUUUAGGGAAUAUUAGUUAAUUAAGCGUAAAUCUUGGUCAAUUAUCUUAAGAUCUGUUCUUUUGCUAGAAAUAUGAAAUGUACAUACAUACUUGUGUUAAUAAAAAGAGGGAUAAUUUUUCAUGAAGAAAAGAAAAAGAUAAUUUACAUGCUUUUAAUAUGGUUACGGUGAGAAAACGAGAGACACAUUGAGAGGUGUGGUAUUAAACAGAGGCUGAAAAUGCUGUUAUUGUGACUUCUAAUGUAAAUUCAUGCGUAAAAUAUCUGUAUGAUACGAUUGUACGAAUAGCUUCUAUUCGUCACAUAGAAGCUGUUGCCAACAGUAUACUAUAAUAGCUUUUUAAUAUUUCAUCCAUAUCUAUUUUUUACUUAUGUGAUAAAUAACUUAAUCUUGUUGGCGUUAACGAGUACCGAUUAUUGGUGACUUGUUGAUGGUGCCUGAUUGUUGGUGUUUAUUACUUUAUAUACUUCCAAAACUAUGCAGUGUAUGUAAACUUUCUCUCUCUCAUGCUAAUGUCGACCAAUAUACCGACUGUUCUCGGAAGAGACAGUCGGAUUGAUUUGCAGACGAUUGAGAAAACUAGCACUAAUAAAAGACGUCAAUAUUUCAGUAA